UCCAACAUUAGUAACAAAUUCUUAUAUAACUAAAACUGACAAUGAAAGUAAUGCCAGAUCAAUCGCAUCUUAUAAAAAUAAUUUUUUGAGACAAAAUAGUAUUACUUCUAUUAACAAUAACAGUCCUGAUGAUGAUACACCUGAAUCGUUCAAUAGUUCUGAAGAAAACAAUGAUAAUGAUAUAUCUGAACCAUCUACCAUUACUUCACACACCACAAGGCCCUCAAGAUCUUUAAUUCCAGUCCAGUUAUUAGCUACAAGAAGCUCCAACAUAGUUGAAGUCGAUAAUUCUAAAGCUGAUAAUGAUGUAUCUG